GGCGAUGUAGCUCCGCCCCUCCCGUCGGGCGGAGCUUGGUACUGCAGGAAAAACAUCCAGAUCUGCGUCCAGAGGACAGUAGUACCACGGCGCGCAAUCACUGCAUUCUGUACAAUACCGGCAGCACCCAGAGGCUGAGCCACACCCGAAGGCCGCCCACCAAGAGCCGGGCCUCCUACGGGAUCAUCAGUCGGAGACCAGAAUGUUUGGAGGUGUGUCCGAGCGGAUUCAAAAGGACCGGCAGAGGGCUGGAGGUCUGGGCUCGGUCCAGCAGGCUGUUCGCUAUCUGGACCAGGACUUCCAGGCCCUGAAGGAGGACUGUCUGGAAAAUGGAUCCCUAUUUGAGGACCCAAUGUUCCCAGCAGAACCACCCUCACUGGGCUUCAAGGAACUUGGACCUUUCACUGCCAAAACCAAGGGGGUAGAGUGGAAGAGACCCACGGAGCUGACAGGUGACCCUCAGUUCAUCGUGGGUGGAGCCACCAGGACCGACAUCUGUCAGGGGGUACUGGGAGACUGUUGGCUGCUCGCUGCUAUCGGCUCUCUGACUCUGAACGAACGGCUGCUGCAUCGUGUUGUUCCUCACGGUCAGAGCUUCACCCACCAAUAUGCAGGCAUCUUCCACUUCCAGUUCUGGCAGUUUGGGGUGGAUGUGGUGGUCGCCGCCCGGCUGCCGGUCAAAGAUGGAGAGCUGAUGUUUGUCCACUCGGCUGAAGGCAGCGAGUACUGGAGCGCCCUGCUGGAGAAGGCCUACGCCAAGUUGAAUGGCUCAUAUGAGGCGCUGUCUGGUGGCAGCACCACUGAAGGUUUUGAGGAUUUUACGGGUGGUGUUGCUGAGAUGUAUGAGCUGAAGAAAGCUCCCAGAGAUCUUCAUCGUAUCAUCAGCAAAGCUCUGGACAGAGGGUCACUGCUGGGCUGCUCCAUCGACAUCACCAGCGCCUUUGACAUGGAGGCAGUGACUUUCAAGAAGCUGGUUAAAGGUCACGCAUACUCAGUGACUGGACUCAAACAGGUGGAGUACCGUGGCCGAAAGGAGCUUCUGAUCCGAAUCAGAAACCCCUGGGGACAGGUGGAGUGGACCGGAGCAUGGAGCGACAACUCCUCAGAGUGGAACUCCAUCGACUCUGCAGAGAAAGAUGAGAUGCUCUGCAAGAUGGAGGACGGAGAGUUCUGGAUGUCUUUCCAGGAGUUUCUGCGUCAGUUCUCCAGGCUGGAGAUCUGUAAUCUAACGCCAGACGCUCUCAGCCAGGACUCCACCAGCUUCUGGACCACCGUGACAUUUGAAGGUGGCUGGAGGAAAGGAAGCACCGCCGGGGGCUGCAGGAACCACCCCAACACGUUCUGGAUCAACCCUCAGUACAAGAUCUGUCUGCUAGAGGAGGACGAUGACCCUGAGGACGACGAGGCCGCCUGCAGCUUCCUAGUGGCGCUGAUGCAGAAAGACCGCCGCCGUUUCCGCCGUCAGGGGCAGGACACGCACACCAUUGGCUUUGCCAUCUAUGAGAUUCCUGAGGAGUACCGCGGCUGUCCUAGCAUCCACAUGAAGAAGGAGUUCUUCCUGCGCCAAUCCUCCUGUGCUCGCUCAGAGACCUUCAUCAACUUGCGAGAGGUGAGCGCCAGGCUCCGCCUCCCACCGGGUGAGUACCUGAUCGUCCCAUCAACCUUUGAACCGUCGAAGGAGGCUGACUUCGUCCUGAGGGUGUUCACCGAGAAACAGUCCGAAACCCAGGAGAUGGAUGACGAGGUGGUGGCGAUCUUCGAGGAGGAGGAGGAAAUCUCUGAGAGCGACAUUGACGACUCCUUCAGGUCCAUGUUCGUUCAGCUGUCUGGAAAUGAUAUGGAGAUCUCAGUGCGAGAGCUCAGGACCAUCCUCAACAGAGUGGUGUCCAAACACAGAGACCUGCAGACUGAUGGGUUCAGCAUGGAGUCCUGCAGAGCCAUGGUCAGCCUGAUGGACAAAGAUGGCAGCCCUCGGCUCGGUCUGCUGGAGUUUCAGGUCCUCUGGAACAAGAUCAGGAAGUGGCUGGGAAUUUUCAGAGACUAUGACCUGGAUAAGUCUGGUUGUAUGAGCUCCUAUGAGAUGCGUCUGGCAUUGGAAAAUGGCGGGUUCAAACUCAACAACAAGCUGUAUCAGAUGCUGGUGGCUCGAUACGCCGACAACGAGCUCAUCGACUUCGACAACUUCACCUGCUGCCUGAUCAAACUGGAGACCAUGUUCAAGGCCUUCCAUGCGCUGGACAAAGGCGGGACAGGAGCCGUGGAGAUGAACAUUACUGAGUGGCUCUGUAUGAGUAUGUGUGGCUGAAGGGUCUGGAUUCCAACAGAAAAACCGGAGAGGAACCGACGAUUCCCCACUGCAGCUGUACAGUACUGCAUCAUGUGACUCACACACCUGUUCACCCUGAGGUGUAUCAAGCUGUUCAGGGUCAAAUUGUGGUCUUAGCUUUAAUAUUAAACCAAGAAAUAAACUUAUAAUAAUAAUCACAUUAUCAAAUUCUGUAAAAUAAGUAUAUAAAUGAAACAAC